AUGGAGGACGAGUUUCCACUUCCUUUCACGGACAAUGAAGCCACAACCUCUCAGAUAACGGUGCUGCCAUCUUGCACUGAUUGCCUUUUUGUGACCGAAUACUUCACCCGCACGCCUCGGAAACUGAAUGCAUUCAACUCGUUCGCCAGCGUGGAACUGUUCCACUUCAAUGUGCCUGACGACACCAUGAUGGCCGUAUGGAACCUCAUCACCUUCAAGGAGCAGGGGGGCACGUUCGGAGACAGCUGCCCAAACCGCAACGUGACCGUGUACUUCAGGUCCGGCGCUCCGCCAGUAAUCAACCCCCUGUGCACCAGCUUCCCACGGGACACGGUUGUCCCAGGAUCCUUUGCUGUGACUCUGACCUGGACCCUCCCGAACCGAACCACAGGAGCGUUCAACGUGACCAGCCCGCUCCCCGGGGACUGGUUCCUCGCGGCACAUUUACCCAAGGAUGAAGGCAAGAUCUCAGUCAAGGGGCUCUCUGAAGAAUGCCAGUAUCUGUUCCAACCUCAGCUCAUCGUCCAGAGGCUGAUCGGGAUUUCAGUUCUCUAUCCAGGAUACUUCAUCGACCAGAUGAUCCCCAUCCACAACAGAUCUGUUCUUUAUAAAGUAUUCAUCCCCAAUUAUAUAUCGAAGGUGAAGGUUCAGCUGGUAAACUGCAGCACCAAGAACAAGAGCAGCGACAGUUGUCCCGUGGUGCUGAAGAUAAGAGCCCGGGCGCCGCCGGUUCAUAACUCAAGUGCCCUCGACUGCAGGGAGUGGAACCCGUGUGAGUUAGACACGCUGGAUCCUUCCUGGGAACAGUGGUACUACAUCCUGGUGGAGAGAUACCUGAGCAACUCUGACGUCUACUUCCGCAUCGGGGUGCAGGUCACAGAUUGCUCCAAGCCCAAUUUGUCCAAGGACCGCGCUCAGCCCGGCUCCUCCAUGAACAUGCCGCAGUCCUUCGGCGACAGCAUCGUUUACCUCCCCCCCACAGCCGACACCAACAAGUGCUGGCCCAUUCGCCCGACCCUGCGCAACGAGCUGGACACCUUCUCCGUGCACUUCUACGUCUUCUUCGGGCCAAAUAUAUCGGUGCCACCCGACCGGGCCGCCGUGUUCGCCAUCAACCUGAUGCCAGUUCUAGACAGUGGAGGAGUCCUCAACAUGGAGCUCAAGCUCAACGUGACGACGCUGAGAGGAGCCAAUGUCACGGUGUUCGGCUGCUUGAAUCACGGGACGCCUCUCUUCUUACGAGGCAACUCAUCACUGAAAUGUGAAUCAGAAUCGGUGUCCGGGUUCUUCCUCUCUGUAAACGCCUCUGCUAACAUCACCAAGCUGAGGAUUCCCUACCCACAGACCGGAACCUGGUACCUCAGCCUGCGCUCUCUUUGUGGCACUGAACACGGAUUUGAGGCGUGCACCAACGUUACAGCCGAGGUGUACAUGCGCUCGUACCUGACUCCCUGCAUCAACGACUGUGGCACGUACGGACAGUGCAAACUGCUGCGCACCAACAACUACCUGUACGCUGCAUGUGAAUGCAAAGCAGGUUGGGAAGGCUGGGGCUGCACAGACAACUCGGAGGCUUACUCCUACAGUUUCCAGCUCCUCUCCACGCUGCUGCUCUGUCUCAGUAACCUGAUGUUCGUCCCGCCCGUGGCCAUCGCCAUCCGAAGCCACUAUCUGCUGGAGGCGUCCGUCUACAUCUUCACCAUGUUCUUCUCCACUUUCUACCACGCAUGUGACCAGCCGGGGAUCGUGGUGUUCUGCAUCAUGGAGUACGACGUGCUGCAGUUCUGUGACUUCCUCGGGUCGCUCAUGUCGGUGUGGGUCACCGUCAUCGCCAUGGCGAGGCUGAAGUCCAUCAUUAAACAGGUGCUGUAUCUGCUGGGGGCGAUGUCUCUGUCCAUGGCGCUGCAGCUGGACCGUCAUGGUCUGUGGAACCUGCUGGGACCCAGCCUGUUUGCUCUGGGCAUCAUGGCCGUGGCCUGGACCGUGCGCACCGUCCGGCGGCGGCGCUGCUACCCGCCGACCUGGAAGCGCUGGGUGUUCUUCCUCUUCCCGGGCACCAUGAUCGCCACGUCCGCCGUGGCCCUCUACGCCUUUGUGGAGACGGAGGAGAACUACUUCUACAUCCACAGCAUCUGGCACAUGCUGAUCGCCGGGAGCGUGGGCUUCCUCCUGCCCCCCCGCGCCAAGACCGACGCCAAGGUGACCCCGCUGAAGCGCAGGCGGGGCUGCGGCUACCAGCUGUGCGUGAACGAGCACGAGGAGCUGGGCCUGGUGGACCCGGCCAUCAUCUCCAUCAACAGCAUCUGCACCAGCUGA